AAAGCCCAUAACGACAACGCUUCUCCACUGCCGUUUCUACGAGGAUAAAAUUUGAGCCGAGACUGAGGAAGAGAGGACCGGAGGAGUGAACGCCUGCCGGCUGCCAUGGCUUCCUUGACGCUGCGCUUCCCUCUGUCGUCGUCUCCUUCACCUGUACGGAGAGAGAUAAGCCCGGAGAAUUGGGGACGGGGAUCAGUGAAGUUCUCACUGAGAUCGCAGGUUCUGGACUUUGAAUUCUUUUGCUCUUUCUCGCCGUGUCUCCUUCUGUUUCUUAGUCGAUGUGCCGUGCUUAAUUUGUUUGUGCAGGCAAAUUCCCAAUCUCAGGGCGGGCGCGGCCGGAGGAUUUGGAGGCGGCGGAAACUGACUAAGAAAGAUGACAUGCUGAAGAAUCAGAUAGAGCGAGUGCCUUUUCUCGAGGAGCAGGAGAGGAAGAUAAAGGAAAGCGGGAAGCUGUUAACAAUGGACAUCGAAAGGCUCUUGCUCUCAGAAGACAACCGCUUCGAUUUUAUCAACGAAGUUGCAGCUGAGGCCAAGGAAUAUGUCGAGAACAACCGGGAUGAAUAUGGCAGCACGAAGAAAGCAAUCCUUCACGUGCUUAGUAACCGUGUGAAUGACUCUGGAUUCUAUCGACCUGAGGCCUACGCAGAGUCUGACCCCUUCAAGCCUGGGCCCGGUUACUUGAAGGAAGAAUUCACCUGAGCUCGAGUGUUACGAUAUAUGUAUCUGAACCAGUGUUUGUUCUUGGAUCUUUUGAUAGUUAGGUUCUCUUUGAUAAAUUAAGUACUUAAUCAGUUAAACAAAGAAAAGUAUUGCUCCAUAGAUCGAUGUCCUGAUCGGUAAAUUAGUCUUGCUCAA